UCCCCCUUCAGGAAAAUGGACUUGGAGUACAGUGAACCAAUAGACCUUAGUGCUGGAGAUCAUCAACAUCUGAUCCGGAAAGCAGCAGAUGGGAACAUCCAGACCAAAUCUGAUCAGCCAUAUGAAACUCCUCCUUCCCCUGGGCCGCCACAAACUCAUGGGAAGCCACAUUCCAAGGCUAGUCGGCAAGCGGAUCCCUACGUGGUGCAAAUUUCUGAUGAGAGCACCCCCAGUGACAACAACAAUUUAGCCAACCCAUUCUCAGAAGUGUCUAUCCGCAGAGCUUUCAUUAUGAAAGUGUUCCUCCUCCUGUCAGCUCAGCUGAUGAUCACUGGGGCAAUUAUCGGCACAUUUCUUUUCUGGACAGGUUUAAGAGCUUGGGUGCGCAAGAAUCCCUGGUUCACCUAUGCAGUCUGGCCAGUGUUUUUCGUUGUGCUCUGUGUACUCUCUUGCUGUGGGAAACUCCGCCGUCAGGUGCCCGCAAACUACGUCCUCUUGGGAUUAUUUACAGUUCUGCAAGGUCUGCUGCUAGGAGCCAUAUCAGUUUUCUAUGAUGCCGAGGAAGUGUUAUGGGCCAUAGCAGCAACCGCUCUGGUGACGUUAUCGCUCACUUUAUUUGCUCUUCAAACAAAAUUGGACUUCACGCUGCUAAAUGGAGUGCUGUUCGCCGCUGUCAUCAUACUUUUAAUCUAUGGAGUGCUCUUAAUCUUCGUCCGAUCAUAUUGGUUGCAUCUAUUGUAUGCUGGACUUGGAACUGUGCUUUUCUCAUUUUACUUGGUCAUGGAUGUGCAGCUGAUGGUGGGCGGGCGUCAUCAUCAUUUUGACCUGAACCCUGAAGAGUAUGUGUUUGCUACUCUGAACAUCUACUUGGAUAUCAUCAACCUUUUUCUUUUCAUUUUGCAACUGAUUGGACUGAGACACUAG